AUGGCGACGGCAUUACAGGCGAAAAUUGAGAGUCUGGGAGUAAAAUUACGAGAGGAGAACAAAUCAAGAGAAUGCGAACUGUUAGGAAAAGGAAAUGAUAAGUCCACCUGCCCGAAAAAGCCUCUUCUUCCUCUAGAUCUAACGACGAGUACCCGUCAAGACAGACCAGGUGAAAAGAUAUGUGUGUAUGUGGCACCAUGUAAUGUGUAGUUGGCAACCUGGUAUAUACAGGUUUUUCUCUGUUAGAGGUAAAUCGCGGUACCAUGAAUCUCUCAACAGAUUUUUUUUGUAUUUUGCUUCUCCGUUAAAUUCGGUUUCUUUCACUGUUUUGUUGAAAAUCAGAAAAUACUUGUUUUAUUUUUAGGGCGAGAUUUAUCUUUAUUUUGGUUCGUAAAUAAGCUUGUGUAUUUUGGUGAAUGUGAUAAUACACAUAACGUUCGAUAACGACUUGGAUUGUCACUGUGUGAAGCUUCAUACAGUGUUACCGUGUCAAUAAAAGAAUUCUGUUGUUGAAUAUCUCAAAUUUGAUUAAUAUCCUAAGGUUGGAUCAGUCACAAGAACUUUCAAAGCAUUAGCUUAGGUUAGGUUUAUUCGCUAGUUUUCUCUGUAUCUCCAUCAUCUGUGAUUAGCUGUACAUGUUGGCAAUUUGCUAUACGUCUUCAAUUUUGUGUGUUGAGGUAAUUGAAGGGAUUUUAAUCGUAUUUUCUUUUCUGUUAAUUGAAUAAGAUUUUGAAGUUAACUUUUCAAUUUUUAAAUGAUUGGUUUUAUGUGUUGUAUAUCUUUAACAAAUUUUUACAUCACUGAAGCUUUGAAAUUACUCUGAGUUUUUUGGCUUUUGUCACCAUACUUUUCAUGAAUAUUUAUUUAGUGAAACUUCAAACUUAACUUUGAUUUUCAUGUGUUAAGCUACUUGUACUAAUUGGGUCUGUAAAUUUGUUGGAUUUUCAUCAAAAAUUGCCAGAGUAUUUGUAUUUGCACCAAAUUGUGCAAGGCUUUUACAAAAUUCAAAAUAUUUCUCCUAUAAUGUCCCCUCAUGUGAGAACAACUGAAAUAUUUUAUAUUAUCCAACUUCAAAAUAGAUUUUCUCAGGAACCAAUAGAAAUAGCAAAAAGCCUCUCAUACUUUGUUAGCUUAUAAUCGGCUGAUUAAUACUGUCCAGUUUGUUUCAAGGUCCAUGGUAAUGCGGAGGCUGAUAAUUCAGUAAAGCAAACAAUGUCAUUUUUGUAUUUAAGGUCUCACACACACCUACCUGAACAAAAACUGUGAAAAAUUUUAUCAUUUUCAUUACCUAUACUUAAUUGCCAAUUACAAUUGUAAUUGUAUACAUUGUUCUGCUACUAUUGUUUGUUUUGUCCAAUCAGCAUUUUGUUACACACUUUAAAUUCAACUUUGUACUUUGUAAAAUCAGAACUGAAGAUGACAGAAGAACUGUCGAAACAUGUUUUUAAAAAGUGUUGUUAUUUUCUUAAAUUCUAUACUUAGAGUAAAUAGUUUUAACUAUGGGUUAUUUAAAAGCAGGGCAGAUGGGGGAUUUUUCUGGGAGGCACCCUAUUUUGUUGAUAGCAACCCUAAAUAAGGAGGCUAGAAAACUUCAAUGUAGUAUUGGUGAAAGCAAGAAACAGGUGUUUAAAAAUGUACACUACAAUUAGGCAUCCUUAUUGCACAUGUUUGUAAUUUAUAGUUGUUAAAAUGAGAGAAAUAGAAUGUGAUGUAUAAUCAAAACCCUUAAUUACUCUCCCCCCUCUCCUACCUUAUACCACAUAAUCCCCUCAUACAAUUGAGUCAGGUGGUGCCUCUCUUAAAUAUGUAAAAUAUAUUAAGUUAAAUACAUAAAGAAAUCUUGGUUAUAGUCUAUCCUUGCAGUAUAGCACCUGAUGCAUUCACAGAGCAUGGUAUAUCUAAAAGGUGGACAAAUCAAUUAGAAACAACUUUUCUGUGACUCUGAGUUUCAUGCUUAUGCGAUCAUCAGACAGAUUUGAAUGAAUCAUGGUCCAUUAAAAUGUGUCUGAUGAUCGCAUAAGCAUGAAACUCAGAGUCACAGAAAAGUUAUGUCUUAUUGAUUUGUCCAACUUAAGUUAAAUACAUAAAUUUUUGCAUUAUGUUGCUUUCCACAAGGAUCAACUGGUAAAAAUUUUAUUUUUCAAGAUAGAUUUUGGUUAAAUUCUGAUAUAAAUUUUGUGAACAUGAGAGAGGAAUUUUUUUGUCUGAUUUAAAUUUGGUGAUUCAACAGAAACAUUUUUAUCAUGGAAAGGAAAGUGAGGCUACACAUGCUUAUUUGGCUUUUUGACCAAAGUUGUUAAAAGGGUGAAUAAAGUUAUGAACUAGAUAAAUUUCCAUUGGGGCCCAGUUGUUCAAAGGGCAGAUAACACUAUCUAAGAGUUAAAUUGCUAUCUAGCAGAUAGGUGUAAACAAAUAGUACUGUGCUAUGCACCAGAUAGGGAUUUAUCUAGUGGAUAGUGUUAUCCACCCUUCAAACAACCAGGACCAUGCAGUAUGUUCUGUCAACACUUAUCUGGUGGAUUUAGAGGAUAUUACAUGGCAGUGCGGGGAUACAAAUUUUAUCUUUGAGUGCUGAAAGUAUCUCUCACAAGUGAGCAAAGGGAACAACUGAGAGAUACUUUUAGCAGGAGAAGAUAAAAUUUGUAUCCCCAAGUGGCCAUGUAAUGUUCUGUCUACUUUAUAAAUACUGAUGAAAUUCCUACUUAGAAGACAACUUUUUUUUAAAUUCAUUUUCCAAACAGCAAAAUAGUGCAAUUAAAGUGGUCACAUAUCACAAAAUGCCUGUUACAAAAAUGUUAUAAAACUCAGAUAUAAAGUUUUAAAGGAGAAAUAAAGACAAUAAUACUUAUAUUUUCUGUUCCAAAAAGUCAAAAUUCUAAUGAAGAAGAGAAAAAUUCUAUAACAGCAAUUUUGUAAAUGAAAUUUCAAAAGAACCGGCCGCGUGCCUGAGCAGGAAGCUCUCUUGUAUUUGGCUAGUCGUGUUAGUAACCAUGGCAACACCAAUAUCCUCACAUAUGAAAUAUAAAAAUAGUAUCUUCACUGCACGUGGUGAAGAUAUGUUUUUUUAGUAAAAGGAAAAAUCCUGGUAUCUCAUCAGUAUCUAUAUAAUAGAGAGAUUUAUCCUUUUGAUAUGGUCAUCCAUCCUAUGUACAAAUGGGCUAUAACCUUGAACUACUAGUGUGAAUAUUCAGACUUAAUCGAAUCUCUACCCUGCUGGUGUUUUGGCAGAACUUCUGCAUGGUUAAGUUUGUUAAAAGGGUUUUUCAACCAUCCACUGAAUGUUGAUUUGCUAAUUCUUGCAGCUUCUUUCUCUUUUGCAGUGAAUUUAUCAGUACCAUCUCAGCAAAGAUUGGGACGGCAUCGUCAGUUGCCAGGAAACGCUGAAAGCUGUUGUAGAGAGGACGACAGGUAAGGUCAAUUAUUUUCAAAUGAAUGUGAUUUUCAUUUAUUAUUUCUGUGUCUGAACAUAAUUAUGUAAUAUCUGUAUACAUAUACAUGGAUAUGUUUUUGUGUAAUCAGUUGAAUGACAAAAUAUAUCAAUUGGGAAAUUGAUGGCAGAAAUGAAACUGGGAGUGAUUUGUGCAAUGUUUAAGCUAAGUCAGUGCAGUGGCAAUCCCAAUAACUAUGUGUUUUAUAAUCAUGUAAUUAUAUAAAUUACUUAUUGAAAUGAACAUGUUAAAUUGAUUGAAAUGAGUGAGCUGACUCUCAAAUAAUUGAAAUGUUGCUGUGUGUUGAAUAAAUGCAUUCACCGUCUUUGUUUCAACAGUCAGAUUGAGGCAAAGCUUCAAGAAAUAACUAAACAGACUGGGAUUCUAAAGUUAAAAGAUAAAGUAAGUAAUAUUCACUUGAUAUAUGGUAGAUUUAUAGUUUCUGUACUCAGCAAUUUUUAGGCAAUAAGUUAAAAACAAUCAUUUGUAAGGCUUCUACAAAUGUACAGUUGAUGCUGCCACAGUGCUCUUGGGAUAUUGUAUUACCUUGUAUUGUACGCUCUUCCCCACUAUAUGAAUUUGUUACAUGUAUUGCAAAAUAAAUCACAUGAAAAGGCUUUUUUGUGAUUUCUUCUGUUUUAGUUGAUUAUGUAGUGCUGAUCUGUCUUGGUUCACGAGAUAGCUAUAAUAGCUUUAUAUAGAGAAAGAUAUUUUUCAUCUUGUCAUGAGUGUGGGACAAAGAAAAAAUCUGGGUCCCCAUGAGGAAUCAAACCCAAGACCUUCAGAUUCCAAUGUUGAAAUUGCCAAUCCUAGCCAUAUGCAGGACACAUGUUAUAUGAACUUCAUAAUUGAUCAUGUUCACCUUAGAGUCUCUGUGGCUCAGUGGUAGAGCACCGGAGUGCGAAAUCCGAAGGUCUAAGGUUCAAUUCCUCAUGGGGACUCAGAAUUUUUUCUUUGUCCCAUUCUCAUGACAAGAUGAAAAACAUCUUUCUCUUUUUCUUUACCAAGCUCAAAACUUACCAUCUCUCUUAUUCUAUUUAUUCUAUUUAUUCCAAUAUACUUUCUGAAUAUGUGUGCCAUUGCUAGCAAAUUAUGUUUAGAAUGGAAGGAAUUAUGAACAUUAUCAGUUAAUAGCAAAUAACCAUACACAAUAAUAUUAGUACCACAACUAUUUUGCAAAUAUCAUCCAACAGCCAGUAGGAUAUAACAUAGGUUCAAAGUAGUUAAAAUAGCCAAUUUAAGCCUGAAAUUUACUGGCUAAAAAUGUAAGUUUUCUCAGUCUGUGGUUUGUCACUGUUAAACCCAGGUUUCCUUGUAUCCUAUUAAGUGUUUUUCUGAAUAAUAGAACAAGAAUAAUAUAAAUAAACUUUUUAACCUCUUCAAGCAUCUGGAAAUUAUGAUGAUGAUAGAUAGAUAGAUAAACCCUUCAAAGGGCAUGUUACAUUAAAUGAGAAUUUCUAACGCAUGUUUGUAUAAAUUCCAUCAGAGUGUGCAUUUCACCAUCCAUGAUUUGGAGGUUGUUGAAGAAAUUGGUAGUGGGACAUGUGGUCAAGUAUGCAAGAUGAGGCACAAGAAUACUGGAGAUGUGUUGGCAGUUAAGGUAUAUUUUGGUUUUUGAAGAGAUUAUCAAAUAACUUGGGUUAUUUUGCAUUCUUGUUGUUGGAAUUCCCUAGUUGAAUCCCUGUUGGAAGUUUUUAAUUUGUAUAAUAAUUCUGCAGAUCAAAUGCAGUGGUAAAUAUUCAGGCAGAAAAUCACUUAAUUCACAGAAAAAACAAACCUGCUGAUGUAAACUUUAUGCUUUGCUGCUCUAGAAUUAUCAACAGGAAAGAUUCCACAUUUUGUGAAACUAUCAUAGAAUAAACCUUUUCACUUCCACAAUUUCAUUGUCAAUAAUCCCUUGAGUGAUAUUUUUCUUUAUUCUCAUCACUUGCAUACUUGAUUUUGUAUUGAUAUUAAGUUCAAGGGUUAAUGCACAUAACAAAUAAGAGAAAAUUUAAAGCAAAGCCAUACUGCCUUUGGAAAUCAUCUCCUUAUGUGCAGUUUUAGCUAAAGAAAAAAAUUCAUAAACUAGAAGAAAUGAAAGUCUGCUUGUCUAUCACGUUAAUGCAAUGUAAAAAAGAGUGAAAAGAACAUGACAUAACAUCAGCAAACAGUUCACUCUUUUGACAUUGUAAAGAGUAACCUGUCCUUACCAAAAAUUGUCUUCAAGUGUGCUAAAAAAAUUUCCUAAGCUUACCACCAUUUUUAGUCUUCCUAAGCCACUUGGCUGUUAACCUUUAACUCCCAUGAGUGACCAUGACAGAAUUUCUCUUUACAAUAUAUAUACAAUAUCAACCAGAUAAGUGAUGAGAAUAAAGAAUGAGAUCAAUUUGGGUAUGAUUAGUUGAUCCAAUUCCAAACUCUCUGAACUCUUAUAAGAAUUGUUUGGUUGACAGUAGGGAGAAUUACAAAUUUGAUCUGGGAGUUUAAGGGUUAAUUUGAAACACAGACAAGACAAGUUUAAUCUUUGGAAUCUCAUAAUGUUUUAAAUAGUAAGCCACCAAUGGCAUUGGUAAAAAUUACCAAAUCUCUUGGGCUUAUUUCUCCAGUAAGCAAUAACACUCUGAAGCCUUAGAAAAUGCUUUUAGUUAGAAGAAUGAUAAAUUUGUUUUCCUAUUUUUAUAUGACUUUUGCCUAAUUACAAUAAUGCUGCCCUAGAAAAGAAAAGCAAAAGAGCAAAGACCCAAAUAGAAAUCAAUCAGACAAAUUUAAAUUUCUACAGACAGAGCUAACCUGUACAUACAGAGGAGAAACGUGUUUACAAAUCAAUUUUAAUACCUUUUUUUGUUUUCCAAAAUUUUUAGAUCCAAAGCAGAUUCCUAAAAAUGUGUUCUGGACCUGCAAAUUUUGAUUAUCACAUGCCUUUUUUGCUGCAGCAAAUUGCAAUUCAAUGCCCAUUCAUCUGUGUGCAGGGUUUAUUUUAUAGUAGCAUGUUCAUAGCCAUGCAUAUAAUUUUUAAAGAUGAUGGAGUUGUAAAUUGUAUCUUUUUCACCUACAUUUUGAAAUGUGUAGAAAAUGCGCAGGAGUCAAAACAAAGAAGAACAGAAGAGAAUAAUUAUGGAUCUUGAAGUUGUGAUGAAGUGUCAUGGCUGCCCGUUUAUUGUCAACUGUCUGGGAUCGUUUAUUUCCAAGGUGAGGUUAUUGUAAAGUCCCAUCAAGAGCUUUUUCUCACUGGCAACAUCCCAAUGGGGUAUGAAACUAAUUUUUAGUGAUUUUUUUAGGAGUACCAGAAGUUCUAUUUUUAGUGUAGAUCAUCUUUUGUUUUGUAAAAUUUUUCAUGGUCAUUUUCCUUACAUUUAGUAAUAAUAAUAGAUAAAACAUUGUCAUUAAACAAUAUUGCCAAGAAGCAUUGGAAAUUAAGGUAGACAAAUGAAAUGUGUACAGUCAUUGAUAGUAGUUAAUUCACAGUUAAUGAAAAUGUUUGGGUCUGUUUUGAAAGAUUAGGUGAGUGGGUGUGAUAUCAAUCUAAGAAAGGAUAAGAAUGCUCCAGAAACCAUACAUUUGCUAUCUCCACCAUAUCAAAGAAUAUAUGAACUUAUGACAAUGAUCAUGCUAUGGGAUUUUAAAGAGUAACCUAACCUGGUGAAAAUCCAUUUCAAAUGUUCUUAAAAUUUAACAUUAGAUGCCAUUCUUUUGAACCAUCCUUUGGAACCUGUUACUUAACAAAUCAUCAUUACCAUUUAUGUUCAUCUUGUGACAGUUUCUUUCAGUGUUGAGUUUUAUGAGAUGUAAAUAAUCCUGUUAAUUGCUUUUGUAUAAUUCUGUGAAAAUUUUAGUUGUUGUAUUCUGUAGUUAUGUGAAUGGGCUUUGCUAUUAUUAAUGCAUGGAAUAAAAUGUCCAAUAACCCUUCACACAAAUUUAAUGGGAUAAUUCAACUCUAACUCUGGAAAAUUAUUGAUUUAAAACAAAAGAUGCUCAUAAGAGCCACUUAAGCAUUAGCCUGUGAGUACUGCAUGGUGGUAAUUGCUUAGGGUUUAGGGUAAGGGUUAGGGUUUAGGGUUAGGGUUAAGGUUGCUUGAUUGUGAUUCUUGUUUUUCAGUCUGAUGUUUUCAUUUGUAUGGAGUUAAUGACAACAUGUCUGGAUAAAUUGAUGAAAAAACUCCAGUUUCCAAUUCCAGAAGAUGUGCUGGGGAAAAUAUCUGUCUCUGUGAGUACAUUGUACCAGCAUACAUGUAUGUAGAUGUAAAUGCAAGAUUCCUGUUACAACAGAGUUGCAUUGUUUACAACCCUCUCUGUUAACUUUAUAAUAUAAUAAUAUAACUGUAAAAAUUUUGCCCUUCUUAUUGGCUGAAAAUGAGUGCCUUUUUCAAGUAAUACAAGUGCAAAGUUGUAACACAAGUGCAAAUUACAAAUAGUGCCAGCUGUCUGAAUUUUGACUGGCUUGGCUUUCAGGGAUGCUUUUUUCAUGUGAAUUAUUGAUAAGUAACAACAUAAUUUCUUGUAUAAUGUGGUGCACAUAAGCACUUGUAGUUUUUCCAAAGACUUAAAAUUGCACUCACCCUAUGGACCUAUGCAGUGUUGUGCUUCUUCCAAAUUGUAUUUGAAAUCAUGUUAUUACCCAUAUUAAUAUGUUCUAUUGUGUGAAAGGUUGGGUCGAAUUACAGAUUAAGGACUAAGGGGGUGGGCUGUGUAUGUCUACUAUUUUCUUCUUAAUCCCCUCUACAUUACAUGCUGGCAAUAUGCCACGUUUGCUAUUAUUGUUCUUUUUCUGACUGUAUACUCCAUUUUGUAUUUUGUCAUUUGCUAUUCUGAAUCCAUCAUCCAAACUAUACUGGAACAUGAACUGGAACAUUUUGGUUUGAAACUGCACAAACUAGAUUUAUUUUGCACAACCAGUGCUCUCAAAACUGAAUAACACUUGGUGAUGGUACUGUCAUUCACGUACAGUUGGUUUAUAACUGUGCACUAACUUAUGCCAGCCUUAAGAAGGUGCUAAAUAGCGCUUGAUGAGUGUACUGACAUACACUUAAAUUAUCAAUGUGCACUUACUCAUACAAGCCUUAAGAAGGUGCUAAAUAGCACUUGAUGAGUGUACUGACAUACACUUGAAUUAUCAAUGUGCACUUACUCAUACAAGCCUCAAGGAGGCGCUUAAUAUUGAGAAAAUUAAGAAGAAGAAGAAGAAGACCUUUAUUUAUUCAGCAUAGCCCAUUCAGAUGCUCUAAGCACUGCUAUCAAUUGGGGCCCUGAUAAAAAUUAAAAUGAUAAGACCUACACAAUCAUGCUAAAAUACUACUUCUACUGGUAACCCUUAGGAAAAGUUAAGUUAAUCUUAAAAUAUGGGCUAUAUACAGUUACAGUAAAAAUGAAUAAAAUCUUGAAACAUUAAAAAUUUAGCUUAUUGAAGAUUACAGAAACAUUAAAAUAAAAAGAUUUUUUAGCUAAGUCAGUUCUAACCCUUGGCAAGUGUAACAUGUUCAUUUGCCUCGUAAUUCGAUUGUAGACAGAGCUGUUAAAAAUAAAAUAGUUUUUAAAAAAUUGUGGACGACGUCCUUCAAUGCAUCUUUUGACGAGUUCAUCAACAUGGCUCUCUCGUUUAUUUACCAGAGAUGGCCACUUAAGGUAAUCCAAAGCUCUGUCACUGUCGCUCAUUUUUGAAACAAUUUUCCGCAGCAGUUCCACACGGUGUCACAAUAAUCCAAAAUAGGACGAAUAUAAGCUGUGUAAAUAGAAUUAGCAUAUAUCAUAUGUAAGAUUCCCCCUAAUGCGUCCUAGCAUUCCCAGUCAUUUACCAAAUCGGGACAAACAUACUUAACAUGAGAAUUCCAAGAAAUAUGUUCAACAACUCCUAAAUACUUGAAUUAUGAUUACUUUGUAACCAAAAACCCUUUGUAAGGUUUGUAAGGUUAUGUUUUGCCGUUUUCCUAAAUAGACAUUAGUUUAUUUGAGCUAUGGUACAUCUCAGCUUGUUAGUGAAAAUCAUGAAAUCAUCGAAUGAUAGAAAUUCUUUCACUGUUUCUAUUUGUUACUUGUUCAGAUUGUCAAGGCUUUGAAUUAUUUAAAGGAGACCCAUGGAGUUAUGCACAGAGGCAAGUCAUCAAAGAAAUUAAACUACGACUCUGAGAUGUGUAUCAAGUAGAAGGGUUUGUCAUUGAUGCUAAAGACGGUGUAUUACUCAAUGUUUGAUCGACUUACUUUAGUUUCGCUUUAUGUAUUCCAGAUGUCAAACCAUCCAAUGUUUUACUGGACCAGAAUGGUUCCGUGAAACUUUGUGAUUUUGGUAUCAGUGGUCGUUUGGUUGAUUCAAAAGCAAAGACAAGAAGUGCAGGAUGUGCGGCCUACAUGGCAGUGAGUUAAAAACUUGUUUUAAUUUAAAUUCCAUUCCGUUUUCUCAGUUUCUUAGACUUCGUCGUUUAUGUUGUGAUGACUCUGAUUUUUUUCAACAAAUCAUCAGAAGCAGUGUGCCAGUUUUUCGGAAAACGUGGCUACCUUGUUUCUGUCGUUCAAGUAGGCCACCACCGCGCCCAACAAAUUAAUCGACAGUCAGCACUACAAACGGCACAAAAUGAAAUUACCAAUCGCAUACCAUUCAUUCUCACAUUAUACUCUCACAACCAAGCCGUUGAAUCCAUCAUUCUUAAAAACUUUAAAGUACUUUAAAAUGAAUCUGAUACGGGUACUAUCUUUUCGAAACCUCCACUAAUUUCAUUCAAACGUUGCAACUACAACUACUAACCCUAACCCUAACCCUAAGCAACAUUUUGGUUAGAAGUUCAUUUCAAACCAAUGACCAACCCGAAGCUUUCAAAUGCGCUCGCGCACGAUGCAAAACUUGUCCUUUCGUGCAUAACGUUGAGAAAAUAUCAGAACCCAAACGAUCAUUAAGAUCACCGAUCACUUCACGUGCACCUCCGCCAAUGUCAUCUACUGCAUAACUUGCACUUAUCGCAAAAAGUUUUACAUUGGUAAAACAGGAAGACGACUCGGUGACCGAUUCCGAGAACACGUCUGCGCCGUAGAUAGGAGUGACAAGGACGCAUCCAAACCAGUCGCUAGACACUUUAAUCUCCCUAAUCAUUCUAAACAGCACAUGGUAGUCUGCGGACUUUCCUUACAUCUAUGCAGUUGGGGAGGCCGCAAAACUCUUGAACAAUAAUUUAUCUUUCAAGUCGGCAUUCAUAAUCCCCACGAUAUUAGCGAACGCUUUUCAUUCAACUAAUUUAUUCUUGUUUUUGCCGUCAGUAGCGUGGCUCCAUUUUCUGCUUAGAAACACACACACACACAACCCACAAUUCCUUCAUUCGCUUCGACUAAGGGUUAGCGCUCAAAACGCCACUUUGAACUCGUUACGGUUGCCAAGUUGAAAAAACCAAAACGAUCUUGCUAUACUCCCCCAUUGACGCAGAAUCAUAGUUUCUUUAGAAACUUUCCCCUUUUCAUUUAUUAACGUUUGCCUCGCGUUGUUCCAACUGUAUUCUGGCAGUCUUAUCAACGGGAAGAGGUCGACCUGUUACGCGCCACCUUUUAGACUUUACUUUAAUUGGCUGGCGUCUAACAAUUGUUAUUGGAUAUAUUUGAUCAUUGUGCCAAAAGAUCCCUUUCCUUAAAAUCAUAGUGAAGGAGUUUCUUGUUCUCACGUCCUUUCAGUCUUAAAGCAGUUGUCGGCAAAUGGUUUUUAGGUUUGUUCUAAGCUAUGAAUUACUGUGCUUCUAUACCGAUUUUCUACCUCUUAAUUGUCUAAUACUUUUUUAACAGCCGGAGCGCAUUGACCCGCCAGACCCUAUGAACCCAGAUUAUGACGUCAGAGCAGAUGUGUGGAGCUUGGGAAUAAGUUUGGUGAGCAAAGUCUUGUCCUUUUUUUUUUUUUUUUUUUUUUUUUUUUUUUUCUAAGAAAAACAGUAGAUAGAACUAAAACGUUAUUAUAUUAAGGUUCUGCCUUGUCGCUACCUCUAACCCAAGUACUUAGGAUUUUUGUGAAUCUUUGGCUCGUCAGUCUUCUUCUGCCUCAAUACCGAGCCUAAAAUUAGUGAUGUCGUUAUCCUCAUCUUGAACCGUUUGCCGUAACAUUUAAGGUAGACCUCUUCAUUAUGUGGACCUUUUCGCCUGUUACAAAGUGUACAGAAAGAAGUAUAAAUGAUUUUGUGUGUACGUGCGUUACUUUUCAGCAUCAUUCAGUUCAAACUAUUUCGUAAAUACAUUGUGCCAAGUGCUUGAGAUCAAACCGGACAGUGCUUUUCAUGUGCCUAAGACAUGACUUACUGUCGGUUAUGUUGCAGGUUGAGCUGGCUACUGGAGAGUUUCCUUACAGGAAUUGUACCACAGAGUUUGAAGUUCUGUCUCGUGUGAUGAGUGAAGAUCCUCCUUUACUUCCCAGACAAGGAUUUACUGCUAACUUUUACUCUUUUGUCAAGUCAUGGUAAGAAACCUUUCAUCUUAAAGGAAUCCAGAACGACUUAACAAACUUGGUUUUCAGUAGAUGAUUCGAUAGUUAUCGUUGAUGAUGUUGUUUCUUUUAGUUUGAUAAAGGACUACAGAUAUCGACCCAAGUAUAACGCGUUGCUGGUACGUGGUAGUGAUUAAUUUCUUGAUUCACUUUUUAUUUUUACGUGACACGGUAGUAACCCAAAGGAUCGGUCUCUUGGGGAAGUGGCUGGGAAGGUUUGUCCAUAAUUGUUAGUGUACCUAAGACUGCUAUUGUAUUUUGACAGGUGCCUUGCAAUCAACAUUUUAACGGUUGCUUUGGUAAUCGGCCUACUCUUGUUUUUGUUUUUGUUUUUUUCUAUUUUCGUAAUAUUUCUUAUUAAAGCAGGAUUUAAUUUAAGUAAGUUUUGUUUUGCAGAAACACCCAUUUAUUCUUGGAUAUGAACAAAAAGAAGUCAACUUGGCGGGAUGGCUGGCUGCUGUUGUCGAAGAUUCGAAUUUUCGUGGCACAGAAGUGUAGAGCACGAUGUUAGGUCAAUAGCCUAACAAGAACACUAUAUUUUAGGUAAAUGUGUACGUCUUGUAGGGCCUAAAGUCCUACUAUAAAAGUCACCAUACAAAGUCUGGUGACAAAAAUUGUAUUAAAGGAUUCCGUUAAACACCUGCUAUCUAGCCCCUUUGAAGCUGGUUCAAACGUUGAACCGAUUGUUUUCUCGGGUGGAAGUAGUCAGCGUGGCCUGCACCUGAUUCAAUUGUAAGGUACUCAUCGCGUUUGAGCUAAGCGACAGCUCUAUAAGCAAAGAUUAAAGAACUGGUGAUGCUUUUUCUCGUCUUCGUUUGUUUGUCUUUUCUAAUUGUUAUCUGUCAAUAAACUUAACGGUGGCUUAGCUUAGAACAUGAGAUCCAAUCAGUAGGCAACAAUCCUGUCAACCGCACUUUUGCCAAACUAAGUAUUAAAGGGUAAUCUCGUGGUGUUACGGAUCACCAAAUAACAUAUUACAAGAUCUUGAGAAGAAACAUCACAUUAGCCUGGCACAACAUAAUACAAGUACCUUAAGUUUCAGAAUUUCAGAAUGUCUUUCACCGUAAUGUUAUCUUGCCGCAAGAUGUCAUUGAUGCACAUCAUAAAGAGACUGCAUGCUAAAUGUAAAUUUAACAUAAGCAUUGAUUGUUAUAAGUUCGUAAAAGGCGUACCAUUCGGGUCUACUCGGCUCAUGACUUUAAAAAUUACGUGUACUUAGUAUUUGAUGAAAUGUGCGUCUCACAAUUUGAUCUGUUUUCUUGAUG